CUGCUGGAGAGAGGGGAAAGCAAACAAUUUCCAGGCCCGUAGCGUCCAGGCAAAAAUAUGGGAAAAAAAUUAUUAAAAAAUCGCAAAGGCACCUAAACCCCGGAAAUCGACCGCAGGAAGGAUGUUAAGGCUCCCGCGACCUACAAAAAUGGAAAGUUCUAGCGUUUGGUCUCCUCCACGAAGUGCUAACGGGACCGGUUAAGAUCAGAAUCUGAAACAACUACUUGACAACCAGCAGUCCCCUUUUGAUUUUUUUUCCGACCACAUGGAACUUGCGAAGCCACCUAAAGCUCUGUCGCUUAGUGGAGUUGGGCAGUUGCCAAGUGUCCAACAAGAAGGCCUGGUUUAGGCUGCGAUGGCCACGGUCAUUCCUGGUGAUUUGUCAGAAGUAAGAGAUACCCAGAAAGUCCCCUCAGGGAAGCGCAAGCGUGGUGAAACAAAACCAAGAAAAAACUUCCCUUGCCAGCUGUGUGACAAGGCAUUUAACAGUGUCGAAAAAUUAAAAGUUCAUUCAUACACUCACACAGGAGAGAGGCCCUACAAGUGCACACAACAAGACUGCACCAAGGCCUUUGUUUCUAAAUACAAAUUACUAAGGCAUAUGGCUACUCAUUCUCCAGAGAAAACCCACAAGUGUAAUUAUUGUGAGAAAAUGUUUCACCGAAAAGAUCACCUAAAGAAUCACCUUCAUACUCAUGAUCCGAAUAAAGAGGCAUUCAAGUGCGACGAAUGCGGGAAAAAUUACAACACCAAACUUGGAUUUAAACGUCACUUGGCGUUGCAUGCUGCAACAAGUGGAGAUCUUACCUGUAAAGUUUGCUUGCAGACUUUCGAAAGCACAACGGUCCUCUUGGAACACUUAAAGACCCAUGCAGGCAAAUCUUCCAGUGGUGUUAAAGAGAAGAAACACCAAUGUGAGCAUUGUGAUCGGCGCUUUUACACACGAAAAGAUGUCCGCAGACACAUGGUAGUGCACACUGGGAGAAAAGACUUCCUUUGUCAGUAUUGUGCACAAAGGUUUGGACGUAAGGAUCAUCUAACUCGUCAUAUGAAGAAAAGUCAUAAUCAAGAACUGCUAAAAGUUAAAACUGAACCCAUGGACCUCCUAGAUCACUUUACCUGCAGUGUUCCAAUUAAAGAUGAGCUUCUUCCCGUGAUGUCUCUAUCUUCCAAUGAGUUGACAUCCAAGCCAUUUACAAACAGUUUGCAGUUGAAUCUCUACAACACGCAAAUUCAGUCCAUGCAGAGUUCCUCAACUACUCACCAAAUGGUUGCUUCGUCGUUGCCUUUGGGUAUAACGUGCCCGUUAGACAUGGACCCUGUCCAUCCUUCUCACCAACUUUCUCUGAAAUACCCACUCAAUUCUACCUCAUACUCAUUGUCGUUGUCUGACAAAGAUCAGCCGUUGAAAGGGGAAAUUGAAAGUUACUUAAUGGAAUUGCAAAGUGGCAUGCCACCCUCCUCCCAAGAUUCCCCAUCAUCCUCCUCAAAAUUAGGAUUAGAUCCUCAAGUAGUGCCAUUAGCUGAUUGCACUGAUGGAGUACCCUUAUCGAAAAGUUCUGCUUCUAUUAGUGAACCUCUUAAUCCAUCUUCAUUAGACUUUAAUCAGUUGUUCAACUUCAUACCUUCCAAUGGUCCACCAUACAAUGUUCCUGUAUCGGUAGGAAAUUUAGGGAUGGGCUAUUCUCAAGAGGAUCCCCAUUCUUCAAUGGCACAGCUCGCACCACAACCACAGGAUCCUCAAGACCCUAGCAAUAACAUGUGUUUUGGUUCUCUACACUCAUUGUCCUCCGCUUUCACAAGCAGUUUAAAUACCACCACCACAUUGCCAAGAUUUCAUCAAGCUUUCCAAUAGGAAUA